AUGAGAGCGAGGGAUGAGGAGGAAAAGAGCGACAGAAAUAUCCGAGAAGGGUCGGUCUAUAAUUGGCGAGGUCCGUCAGUCCCCUUUUUUGAUGUCUGUUGGGCAGGGAAGGGCAGGGCAGGGUUGCACACCCAACCACCUCGUCCCCACUGAAACCCAACACUCUAAACAGCAGUUCCACCCCCUCCCACCUUCCAGCAGAGUGAAGCUCACUCCCUCAAAGACCAACUCCACCACUGUUCCUACUCCACUCUGCCUCCCAGCUCUCCGGAUUACUGCACGGGUCAGAGUGGGGGUGUUUUUACACCUGCAGCGGUUCUUCAUCCCAAGAUGCUGUGUUGAUGUUGACAGGAGAGAGAAUCUGUGUUUAUGAGGGCUGCAGAGUCUCCACUGAGGACUGACAGGUUUGGAGAUUUGAUGACCAUCACAGCCUAACGUGCACAGAAGAGGAUCAGAGCAGAAGGCGAGAUGCCGAGAUUUGGGUUCAGGAUCGCUCUGGUCCUGACCAUUAUAGCCCUGACAUUGUACAGUGAUGGGGUUGAGGGACAGAGGGCAGGUUGUAAGAACGUCCACUAUGACCUGGUGUUCAUUCUGGACACAUCUUCCAGCGUGGGCAAGGAGAACUUUGAGAAGAUCCGUCAGUGGGUGUCCAAUCUGGUGGAGUCGUUUGACGUCGGAGACGACAAGACACGGGUGGCUGUAGUGCGCUACAGUGACCGUCCCACCACUGAGUUCAACCUGGCCAGGUACAAAAGCCUGGAGGAGGUCAAGAGGGCUGCCAGGAACAUCCGCUACCUGGGCGGAAACACCAAAACAGGAGACGCCAUCAGCUACACCACCACCAACAUCUUCACCGUCCAGGCAGGGGCACGGCCCCCCGCCAGGGGCAUCCAGAAGGUGGCCAUAUUGCUGACAGACGGCAGGAGUCAGGAUUACGUUUUGGAGCCUUCUAUCGCAGCAGCCAAAGCCGGCAUCAGGAUGUUUGCUGUGGGGAUCGGGGAGGCGCUGAAAGAGGAGCUGGAGGAAAUUGCGGCCGAACCCAAAAAUGCCCACGUCUUCCAUGUGACAGAUUUCGAUGCUAUUGAUAGAAUCAGAGGAAGGCUGAGGAGUAGACUCUGUGAGAAUGUUCUGUGCCGUAAUAUGAAGGUGGAGGCGGACCGCUUCAUGCCCAACUCUACGAUUGCUGGCCAGAAGGAAGUUCCAGGUUUUGAUCUGAUGGAGUACUUCAACGUGAGGGAUGUUUUGGGAGAGAGAGCUGAGCCAGGCCAGAGCUCCUACGUGAGACUGGGAACCAUGCCUAUCGUUCAACAGACAGAAGACGUGUUUCCGCAGGGCCUGCCAGACAAGUAUGCCUUUGUUACCACAUUCAAGUUCAGGAAGACGUCUCGAAGGGAAGACUGGUACUUGUGGCAGAUCUAUGAUAAAUACGGCAUCCCUCAGGUAUCUAUUCGUCUGGACGGUGAGAAUAAAGCCGUGGAGUACAAUGCAGUGGGGCUGACCAAAGAUGCAGUUCGAGCGGUCUUCCGCAACCCUGAGGUGGACAACCUGUUUGACCGAAACUGGCACAAGAUCAGCCUGACCGUGGCCGCCAGGUCUGUGUCUCUUUAUCUGGACUGCAAACACAUCCAGACCCUUCCCAUCGAAGACCGAGAGGACAUCGACAUCCAGGGCAAAACUGUUAUUGGAAAGAGGCUGUACGAUAGUGUCCCCAUUGAUUUUGACCUUCAGCGGAUGGUGAUCUACUGUGACUCCAAGCAGGCCGAGCAGGAGACGUGCUGUGACCUGCCCGGAGGCCCAUGUCCUAAGCAGCUGGUGACUGAGUCUCCCCCCACUGAGCUGGUGACUCCAACUCCCACCAGCGUAGAGCAGCAGGGAGGAGUUGAAGCAGUGAACUGCUCCUGCCCACCAGGGGAAAGGGGUGAGACAGGCUUGCCUGGCGCUCAGGGCCCUAAGGGUGAAAAGGGAGACCCCGGCCUUAAGGGUGCUGCCGGACCGCAAGGACUGAAGGGACAGAAAGGAGAAGCUGGCAAGGCGGUCUCUAUCAAAGGCGAUAGAGGCGAGAAGGGAGACAGAGGAGACAGCGGUCAACCUGGGACCAGAGGUGACAAGGGCGAGAGAGGAUUUGCUGGCUUGCCAGGGCUUGGGGGCAAACAAGGAGACAAAGGCGAACAGGGUCUAACUGGGCCUACUGGACCUGCUGGUGUGCCUGGUCCUCUGGGACCACAGGGAGCCCAAGGUGAAGCAGGACUCCCUGGAGCUCCUGGUCCGAAAGGCGUUUCUGGUGAUCCUGGCAAAAAAGGAGAGAAAGGAGCAGCAGGAGAGCAGGGGCAGCCAGGGUUGGAUGGCGUUCCUGGUAAACCUGGAGUUCCAGGAAAAGAUGGUCUGAGAGGUCUUACUGGUGCACCUGGCCCGAAUGGAGUCAAAGGAGAAAAGGGAGAGAGAGGCCCAGCUGGAAUAGCUGGAGAUGCGGACGUCCCAGGUCCACCCGGCCCUGCUGGAGCAGAUGGGCCUCCUGGGCCUCCUGGUCCACCCGGUCCACCCGGCGAGCCUGGAGAGCCUGGAGAAAACGGCCAAAGGGGAAAGAAAGGAGAAAGUGGACUGCCUGGAGUUGAUGGGCUUCCUGGACCACCUGGUCCUGUGGGCCCUCCAGGACCUCCUGGCAACUCAGGGCAGACUGGACCUCCUGGAUUGCCUGGUGAAAUCGGAUUCUCUGGAAAACCAGGAGAAGCAGGAAAACCGGGUCUUCCAGGAAAGGAUGGUCUGGAUGGUCUCCCUGGAAACGAUGGAGAGAAGGGCCAAAGAGGAGAACCUGGGCUAGAUGGCUUCCCUGGAAAACCUGGUCCAAAGGGUGAUGAGGGACCUCCAGGACCCAGGGGACCACCAGGAGAGAGAGGGGAAGCUGGAUUGCCUGGUCAGCCAGGUGAAAUAGGACAGAGAGGAGGACAGGGAGUGCCGGGAGAACGAGGGAAAGACGGUGUCAUCGGCCCUAAAGGGGAUAAAGGAGACAAGGGUGAAGUAGGACCUAGAGGACUCCCAGGAGCCCCAGGAAAUGUGGCCAAUGUGAUUCCCGAGCCUGGAGAACCGGGUAAGCCUGGAGAGAAAGGAGAAAAGGGAGACCAAGGAAUGCCAGGCAUAGAGGGUCAAAGGGGCCUUCCUGGAGAACAAGGCUUCAGAGGACUACUUGGACCCCCGGGAGUGAAGGGAGACACUGGAGAUAAAGGAGAUACUGGCAGGAAUGGAGACCCUGGUCCUCCAGGGCUGCCCGGCCCCCAGGGGCCUCGGGGUUUACCAGGCAAUGUGGGAAUCCCAGGCAGUAUCGGCCCACCUGGCAUAGCAGGCCUGAAAGGAGAGAAGGGAGACGCCGGAAAGGAUGGUCCUUCAGGUCCCCCCGGUCCAGUCGGAGAGCCUGGUCUGAGAGGUGAAGUAGGUUUACCUGGAAAAGGCAAAGAUGGAGCAAAGGGUGAUGCAGGACUACCAGGAAUGCCCGGACCUCCAGGACUGAAGGGUCCACAAGGUAAUCCAGGAAUGCAGGGGAUGCCAGGAGCCAGAGGUCCUCCAGGAGAAGGACUCACCGGACCAGCUGGACCUCCAGGCCCACCUGGCCCAUUAGGAGCAGUUGGGCUGAGAGGAGCUCCAGGAGUUGCAGGGCCUCAGGGACCAGCUGGACACAACGGUUUGCCGGGAAGGCCCGGAGAGAAAGGUUCCCCAGGAGAGCCGGGUAAGGCUGCAGACCUGUCUCAGCUCGACCUCAAGGGUGUAUGUUCGGACUGCCCCCCUGGACCUGUUGGCCCACCAGGAAUACCCGGACCUCCAGGAGACAAAGGCCCUGUUGGAACUCCAGGAAAGAAUGGACAGGAUGGAUAUCAGGGCUUGCCUGGGCCAACCGGGCCUCCGGGACCACCUGGAGCUGAUGGAGCCAAGGGUGUGAAAGGAGACCGAGGCCCUGCAGGAACUCCUGGAGAUAAAGGUGAAAAGGGACCUCCUGGACCCCCUGGCUAUCCAGGUGCAGCUGGACCAAUGGGUCAACCUGGAAAUGAUGGCAACCCUGGCCCCGCUGGUCCCCCUGGACCUCCAGGUGAAAAGGGUAAAGAAGGAAUGAGAGGCAUCCAGGGCCCUCCGGGUCUGCCAGGCUUGAUGGGGAUGAUGGGUAAGCCUGGGAAAGAUGGGCGACCAGGAGAGCCAGGAGAGCCAGGUAAACAGGGAGAAGCCGGACCGCCAGGCAGAGAUGGGCUGAGGGGGCUUCCUGGUUUUAAAGGCCACCGAGGAGAGCCUGGACCACCAGGGUCAAAGGGCGAGGAAGGGAAACAAGGCCCCCCUGGACGAGAGGGUCAACCUGGAAAAGAUGGCAACACUGGACCUCCUGGGCUUGAAGGUGUCAGAGGACCAAGAGGAGAAUCGGGUAAACCUGGAGAGCCUGGACCGUCCGGAAAGCCAGGGGCGCCGGGGAAUCCGGGUCUUCCCGGAACCAAAGGAGAGGUGGGAACCCCAGGAUUACCCGGUUUUGCAGGUCCAAAAGGACCCUCGGGCGCUCCUGGUCCUGUCGGGCUUGAGGGCAAACAAGGAAUGCCGGGAAGACCUGGAGACAGGGGAUCCAAGGGAGACAAGGGUGAACAUGGUAUAAAGGGAGACAAAGGCCCAACUGGAGAUACAGGAAUGCCUGGGAACCCAGGACCUCCAGGCAGGAAGGGCCACACGGGUAUGAUGGGCAUGUCUGGACCCCCAGGAGAGGUUGGUCCACCUGGGUCACCAGGAACACCAGGUCAGCCUGGUCUUCCAGGACAAAGGGGAGAAACACCAUCGCUGGAGUCGAUGCGGAGGUUAAUUCAAGAGGAGCUCGCCAAGGAACUGGAAGCCAAAUUGGCCUACAUCAUGGCCCAGUUUCAGCCCACACACAUUAAGAGCACGGCUGGGCGUCCUGGGCCACCAGGGCCACCAGGUAAAGAUGGACCACCUGGAAGACAAGGACCACCUGGAGAGCCUGGUAUGCCUGGCCAAAACGGAGCAGAAGGUGUCAGAGGUCCAAUGGGUCCAAAAGGUGAAAGAGGUACCAAAGGAGAAAAAGGAGAAGAUGGCGUCGGACAGCGAGGAGAGCCUGGCCCAUCUGGCCCUGCAGGUCCAGCGGGAAUGCCCGGAUACGGUAAAGACGGUCUUCCAGGAGCAUCAGGAGCUCAGGGAGAGCCUGGAAAUCCAGGACCUCAUGGUCAGCCUGGCCCACCGGGACCCCCUGGACAGUGUGACCCCUCUCAGUGUGCCUACUAUGCCAGCCUGGCGUCACGACCUCACACUAAAAACGUCAAGGGCACCUAAGCCCCCCCCGCCACUCACCUGGACCUAUUUAUGAACUUGGAGAUUCAGUGAAGCCAGAGCUUUUCCUGUCAGUGUCCGGGGAACUUCGGUUUGGGAACGCUGAGACGUGCGUAUGAGUGUGUGUUCAUGUGUGUGUGUAUGCGUGUGUGUGGGUGUGUGUGUCCUGCCCCUCAGAUAUCAUAGGGAAUUGUGGGUAAUUUGUCUGGUGGGCAGGAAUGGGGGGUUUGUACUAUAAUUUGAGGAAGACUAGGUAUUUAAACGUAGCUCAGUUUCUUCCGUCAGGGAUUUUCGCUCUCUGUUGACCAAGAUGUACUGUCCAGGCUUUUUAGGUAACCUAUGAACAUAUAUCCCAGAAAGCCCCUUACUGCCCUCACCUGAGGUGCCAUGGUGAUAUUACUGUACUCCCCCUGAGCCAGUGAGUAAAAUGAUUGUGAUAAAUUAGGCUGAUUUGAUGUUAAGGGGGUCUUUUGAAGUUGGGGUGGGGGUAGUUAUCUAGUUUUAUCCUCUGGAGUUUGUUGAUGUGGAGGAUGGUGAAAAGUGGUGAAACAUGAUUUUUUGACACGUCAAUAUCAAGUUUCAAGACGCAAUCAUUAGUGGUCUGAUCCGAGAUGAUGACGUGCACCAUUAUGCCCACCGUUUUCAUUAUAUUCUGUUAAGUUAUGGAGCUUUUAGCCAGUUUGCAAAUAUAUUUUUAGUUUUCAACUUAAUUAAAUCCAAUAUUAAAUAACAACCCAACUCUUAAGAACGUUAUUUUUGGCACUCGUUAUGUACUUAGUUCUUCGCCCCAAGAUAUACACGAAAUUCAACAGCAUGACUAAUUGGUUGCCUUUUUUCUUUUAUUGGAAUUAGGCUGAGAAGCAAGAAUGCAUUACACAGAAUGUUUUCUUUUCCAUGAGCCACAGCUAUGGAGGGUAAUGUCCUUCCCUAAUCUACCAGUUGUACUGUUAAUCAGUUAUGUUGACUCAUAAAGUUUCUGUAUCUUUAUAUUCUUGUUGUUCUUUUCCGUCCGGUGGUCUUUGUGACCUGUGCUGUCCUACCGAGGCAAUAAAAACAAGGUUGUUAACUCUGAUGGAAAAUCACUGUACACCUGAUGUGUGGUUUAAUAAUACACUUCCACACCAAAAGUCUGAAAGCGUUGCCUCUUGUGAGCCAAUUAAAGGCACCUGAAUGAAGAGACAGAGUCGGUUUCUGAUUGCAUGAAAUGACCACAGCCCUCAGCAAGGGAUUUCAUUCCAGUGUGAUGUAAAUAAUGACCAACUGCAGCAGUAACAACAAAAACAAGCAUAAUUUGUGCAGUAUGACCAGUUUUGUCUGUUUUUUUGGUGGUUUUGGUCAGUGAGAAAGAUUGUCUGGAGAGGCAGGGCGUCAGACUUGUUAUCGGUCACUGUAUAGAUUACAGUCUAGUGCUCACAAGACUUUUGCGAUCGUUUUGUUCCAUUUGAGAGUU